AUGGCUACUCUAACCUUCAACUCCACAACACUCAAAACGCCAUCUUUCAACUACCCCAACUCCAUUAUCACCAAACUCUCCUCAUCAAAACCCACCAUCAAAUUCCCAUUUUUCACCAAGAAAAAACUCUUCCUUCAACUUCAAACACGUUCUGCAUCAGAAACUUCAGUAACAACAACAACAACCCAGAAAGACAUUGAAGAAGACAAAGAAGACCCAACUGCUGAAACAUGUUAUCUUGACCCUGAAACUGAUCCUGAUGAGAUAUUAAGCUGGGAGUUGGAUUUCUGUUCUAGGCCAAUUCUUGAUGCUAGAGGAAAGAAAGUUUGGGAGCUUGUUGUUUGUGAUAAAUCUCUUUCACUUCAGUAUACUAAGUAUUUUCCUAAUAAUGUUAUUAAUAGUAUCACUCUUAAGGAUUCUAUUGUUGGGAUUUGUGAUGAGUUGGAUCUACCUGUGCCUAGAAACAUUCGCUUCUUUAGGGCACAGAUGCAGACGAUUAUUACGAAAGCGUGUAAGGAGCUUGGUAUAAGAGCUCUUCCGAGUAAACGGUGUUUGUCAUUACUUUUAUGGCUUGAAGAACGUUACGAGACUGUAUAUACGAAACAUCCUGGAUUUCAAAAGGGAUCCAAGCCUCUUUUGCCAUUAGACAAUCCGUUUCCCACGAAACUUCCCGAAGAUCUUUUUGGUGAAAGAUGGGCGUUUGUUCAGUUACCUUACUCAGCUGUCCGAGAAGAGGCCUCGGCCUCAGAAGAAAGAUUUGGCUAUGGUUCUGGACUAGAUCUUGAUUUAUUGGGCAUUGAAAUCGACGAGAAGACGUUGAUCCCAGGACUCGCUGUUGCAUCUUCUCGUGCUAAAAUAUUAUCAGCUUUUAUGAAUGGAUUGGAGCUCUGCGCCAUUGAAGCGGACACUGCUCGCGCUAACCUGACUCUUUCGGUUGCGAUUUCGACUCGAUAUGUAUAUGCGACGUAUAAAAAAAGUCCUACAUCGACUAAAGAAGCUGAAGCAUGGGAAGCAGCUAAGAAAGCUUCAGGAGGUUUGCAUUUCCUUGCAAUCCAAGAUGAGUUAGAUUCUGAAAACUGUGUUGGCUUCUGGCUUUUGCUAGACUUGCCUCCUCCACCUGUAUAA